CUAAUUGUCUGCAGCAGAGCUGGAGAACGCCACCCAAAAUGAAGAGAGAAAGGGGAGCCCUGUCCAGAGCUUCCAGGGCCCUGCACCUCACUCCUUUGGUCUACCUGCUUCUGAUCCAGCCAGCCCCCCUGGAGGGGGUGAACAUCACCAGCCCGGUACGUCUGAUCCAUGGCACCGUGGGGAAGUCAGCUCUGCUUUCCGUGCAGUACAGCAGCACCAGCAGUGACAAGCCUGUGGUAAAGUGGCAGCUGAAGCGAGACAAGCCCGUGACCGUGGUGCAGUCUAUUGGCACUGAAGUCAUCGGCAAUCUGCGGCCUGACUAUCGAGACCGUAUCCGACUCUUUGAAAAUGGUUCCCUGCUUCUCAGUGACCUGCAGCUGGCUGACGAGGGAACGUAUGAGGUGGAGAUCUCCAUCACUGAUGACACGUUCACGGGGGAGAAGACCAUCAACCUCACUGUCGAUGUGCCCAUUUCAAGGCCGCAGGUGGUAGUGGCUUCAACCACUGUGCUCGAGCUCAGUGAGGGCUUCACCCUCAAUUGCUCACAUGAGAACGGCACCAAGCCCAGCUACACAUGGCUGAAGGAUGGCAAGCCCCUCCUCAACGACUCCAGAAUGCUCCUGUCCCCGGACCAAAAGGUGCUCACCAUCACCCGCGUGCUCAUGGAGGACGAUGACCUGUACAGCUGUGUGGUGGAGAAUCCCAUCAGCCAGGUCCGCAGCCUGCCGGUCAAGAUCACCGUGUACAGAAGAAGCUCCCUCUACAUCAUCUUGUCUACAGGAGGCAUCUUCCUCCUUGUGACCUUGGUGACAGUCUGUGCCUGCUGGAAGCCCUCCAAAAAGAAGAAGAGGAAGCUGGAGAAGCAAAACUCCCUGGAGUACAUGGAUCAGAAUGAUGACCGCCUGAAAUCAGAAGCAGACACCCUCCCACGAAGUGGAGAACAGGAGCGGAAGAACCCCAUGGCACUCUACAUCCUGAAGGACAAGGAUUCUCCGGACCCCGAGGAGAACCCCGCUCCGGAGCCCCGGAGCACGGCAGACCCCGGCCCUCCGGGCUAUUCCGUCUCGCCCCCGGUGCCCGGCCGCUCUCCGGGCCUGCCCAUCCGCUCCGCCCGCCGCUACCCGCGCUCCCCGGCGCCCUCCCCGGCCAGCAGCCGCACCCACACGGCGUCCCCGCCGCGGGCUCCCAGCUCGCCCUGCCGCUCGCGCAGCGCCUCGCGCACACUGCGGACUGCCGGCGGCGUGCACAUGAUCCGCGAGCAGGACGAGGCCAGCCCGGUGGAGAUCAGCGCCUGAGCCGCCUCGGGGAGCCCCGCGAGGCGCCCCGUGAUCCGCAGCCCCACGCGUGAUCCGCAGCCCCACGCGCGCGCGUCCCGUCCUGGGAGCUGGGUUAAGAAGUCCCGGAGCCUCCGGGCCUAGGGGCUAAGGGAGGGAGGGGGACAGACCCGUGUGCGCAUGCGCAGAC